AUGAUGACGAGUUUGCAACAACAACACUCACCAUAUCCAGGACUUCAACAUCAGGGUGUUCCUCAAGGCCAUAUGGCGGGAAUGCCUCAUGCUCAGGGUCAGCAAGGACAACCAGGUCCAGGUAUGCCUCAACAAAUGCACAUGGGAGUUUCUGGACCAGGUGGUCCUCAAGUCACUCAAGCCGGUGCUAUGAUGGCUGGGAUGCCACCUGGCGCUGGACCAAAUGCACAUGCUUUACAACAUUUGAACCCAAAUCAGCAGGCGCAAGCGGCAAUGUUCCAACAGCAGCAACAACAACAGAUGAUGAACGCAAAUCCGCAGUUAAUGCAUCAUCAAAUGUUACAACAACAAGCAGCCAGGCAGCGCCAGAUCCAACUACAACAGCAAUACAGCGGUGGUGGAAUGCCAAACGGAAUGCCUGUGAAUAUGCAUGGGAUGAACCCAAAUCAAAUGAACGCUCAAUUCGCAAUGCGACAUGGUACCCCAGGAAUGGCUCGCCCGGUGAAUCUACCACAGCAUCUUGCCCAGCAACAACAGAUGGCUCAAGACAACGUCAAUCAACAACAAGCACAUCAGCAGACUCAACAGAUGAUGCUCGCAAUGCAUCAACAAAAUGCUCAAAAUCAUGGACCGAAUGCCCAACAAGCUCAGGCCCAAGCCCAAGCGCAGGCUCAGGCGGCCGCUGCUGUAUCUCAACAACAGAACCAAACCCAAUCCCAGGUUCAGAAUCAACCACCUCAAUCGGCCUCAACACCCCAACCUCAAGCACCACCGCCAGCCGCUAUCCAAGCAGCCAUUCAGGCUCAAGCUCAACAAGCCCAAGCCCAGCAAGCCCAAGCCCAGCAACCAACGGGAGCUCUCCAGCAGCAGCAGCAGCAGCAGCAGCAGCAGCAACAGCACGCUGCCGCAAUGCUACAGCAACAACAGCAGCAGCAGACUAGACAAGGAGAAAAACUAAAGGGACAAUGCUUAAUGCGAUUGGUACAAUUCAGUGACCAUCUCGGCGGGUUUUGCAAGGUUGUCAAGCCGGUAGGCUUUUACGAGGCGACUGGCGUUUCUCGGCUGAAUGCCGAGUCCAUGAAAGAAAAGGACGACUUAGCAUAUUGGGGAAGCUUUGCGGAGAGAUUUUUCUCCCGAGGAGGGGUUCUACGUUAUUCGACAUAUUCGUACAAUCCUCAAGAUAACGUCCGGGAGAAACAGUACGAGAUAACAUCACCUGCGAUGCCGAGAUACUUUCAUACCCAUUUCGAAAGUGGUGUUACAAACAUGCAGAUGAUUUUUGAGAAAGGGACUGAAAAGGAAUUGCCGCUAAAUGGUCAUUACAUUGAAAGUCAAAACUCAAGUUUUGUCUACUGGUUUGAGGAUGGCUCUCACCUGGUCUCAAAUGGCAUACUUCGCGCUCAUUUUGAUGGGGAUCAAAAGCUCGAGCUGCUUGAUUUUGAGACUCGUAGUCAUCAGGAGUAUGUUCCCCGUAGCAUGGCUAUAGACAGAGCAAGGCCAAUUCACAAUUGGGUAAAAGAUUGGAAAUCCAUGAACAAUGGACCUGAUGGCAAACCAUCGCCCGAGAUGAACAAAAAAAAACAAAAGAUGAUGAAAUCUCCACCAAAUCCUCCUCCUGAUUUCGACCUACCGGACACGAAACUGACUCAAUACACUGGAAUCACACCCAUGGUGUUUCGAUUUCUUGAGAUGAAUGAGGUUUUGGCUCAAAUGAACCCUUUGAUGAGCUAUCUGCAAACAAACCCAACACUUACGCCCUAUAAAGCCCUAGAGGCAUACAUGGCCCAAGUGAACAGCAAUGGAGCAAACGGUGGUCCUCAAAACCCCUCAGGUCCACGAACACCGGCAAUGGUUAAUUUCCCGAUUGGCGCUUCUCCCGCAGCUGCACACUUACAAAUACCAGAAGGAUCACCUCAUAUGAUGGGCAGUCCAGCUCAAGCUCCAGGCAUGCAGCUCCAACAGAGUCAGCAUGGAACUACUUCAAGUGGCCCAAGCGCAAACACAAGUCCCAAUGCGAGUAACAAACGAAGAAGACCAAGUACAGUCAAGGCCGAAGAAGAUGGCCAAGCCAAUGGGACAGGCAAGAACAAUGUCAAACCUAGUCCACGCAUAACGAAGAGACAGAAAGGAAACCCCGCUUGA